GUUCACACGAUACUCAAGAAACUUAAAAAUAUUGAACUCUCUUUUAGGCUUUACCUCUUUUAUUUAUGAUCCGAAAGCUUCAGAUGCAGAACGACAGCUCGGAAUUGUCGUUUUGCCCCAGUUUCAGCAUCUAUUCUUCUGGUAACAAUAAGCUCGUUGAAAUAGCCGCCACGGUUAGCCGGGACAUCAAAAGCGACGCCGUUCCCGAUGAUGAAGAAUUCGAGUUCGCCAAUAAUCUCCAUGAGAAUCCUGAAACGUUCUCGUCGUUUCCAAUCUUCAAGCACGGCGAUGGUGUUAAUGACGACGACGACGAAGAAUCUAUUCGGGUUCCGUUGAGAAAACUGUUUAUCGGCGACGGAGAUAAUCUGUCCUCAUCUUCAUCGGAGGCGGACGAGCUUGAAGGACUGCCAACCGAUAUGUACUGUGUUUGGAAACCGAAACAAUCAACGGAAUCGUCACCGAACAGGUGUAAGAAGAGUAAGUCGACCGGAUCAUCUUCAAAACGCUGGCGUUUCAUAAAGGAUUUCCUUAAGAGGAGCAACAGUGACGGUAACGUCUCAUCUUCGUUUCUGAAUUUUGAUAAGAACGAAGAAAAAGCGAGUGAAAAAAUAGCAAAGACGACGACGGUGAAGAAGAAGAAGAAAAGCGAAGGCGACGUAGUAAAGGCCAUGAAGAUGAAGAGAGCCGAAAAAUCGUCGACGAAUGAAGGAUUUAACGUCAGGAAUAAGGCGUUGAAAGGAGGAGAUAAACGACGGUCCUAUUUGCCGUAUAGAAGGGACUUGGUUGGGAUUUUUGCCAAUAAGGUUUAAGUCGAAAUUUCCCUUUUUUUU